UGUAAAUCUGAAAUCCCCAUCGUUGAGGAUUGACCCUCUGUACGGAACUGUUGAAGACGAGAAGUAAUAGUGGGUAUUCGUUUCAACGACGUUCCCCGCUCGCCGCCGUUCAAUUUCAAAACCCAGAUCGCCGGUUUGCAGUCGCCGGAUUUAUUUCCUUCUCACUCGCACAUCCAAAGAUCCGCUGAGAUUGUAACAAUGCCGUCCACGGAAAGCGAUCUAGAUCUCCGACGCUCGUCCCUGCAGCCGAGCAAUCUGGGUGGAGCAAUCAGCAACGAGUACAGCUUUGCUGAUACCAAUAACCUGGAGCACUGUGCAAAGUACCUCAAUCAAACGCUCGUUACCUUUGGAUUCCCUGCAUCGCUUGAUCUCUUUGCCAAUGAUCCAGUUUCAAUCGCACGAACAUGCAACUGUGUAUAUGCUUUGUUGCAGCAAAGACAGAGGGAUAUAGCAUUUAGGGAGUCUGCAAAUGAGCAGCGACAGAGACUACUGUCAGACAUAUCAAGACUAGAGUCCAAAGGGGAAAGGCUGGACUUAGAGUUACAGGGCAAAGACAGGGAGAUAGCAACUCUUACUAGAGAGAAUGCUAAAGCUGUUGCAGCAUUAAAGGCUCAUAUCGAGAAACUGCAGAAGGAAAGAGAUGAAUUUCAAAAAAUGGUUCUUGGCAAUCAGCAAGUAAAAAUUCAGCAGGUACAUGAGUUGAAGAAAAAAGAAAAGGAGUACAUGAAGUUGCAGGAGAGGUUAAAUCAAGCAGCGGUGGAGAAAAAGAAGGAAUCCAGAUCAGGCAUGGAAAUAUUGAACUUACUUCAGAAAGAAGGACGGCAGCGGGGGACAUGGAGUACAAAGAAAGCUGAUAAUGACUUUUAUAAGAAGAUUGUGGAUGCUUAUGAAGUGAAAAAUCAAGAAUUAGCAUCUGAAAAUGCUGAUCUGAGGGCAUUGCUACGAUCAAUGCAGGCAGACAUGCGUGUGUUCCUGAAUGCUCCAAAUGAUUCUUCUAAACAAUCUACAGUCAAUGAGAAGCCAGGAUCAGAUGUCUCUCAAUCUCCAUUGGGUGGUAGAACAGAUGUAUUUGAUCUGCCGUUGCACAUGGCUAGAAAUCAAAUUGCAGAAAAUCUCCGUACAAAGAUGGCAUCAAUCAAGGAGCGCAUGCUUCAACUCCAAGAUGCUCAGAAGGGAGCAGAAGCUAUUACAGAAGUGUCAGAACGAGAACUUGAGCUGGAAGCACAGCUUGUUGAGGCCAGGAGCAUUAUCCAAGAACAGGCGUCGGUAAUGUCUAAGCAUCUUGCAAAUUCUGAGCGGCCAAGGAGGUUAAGCGACCAUUUCAAUUGUGAGAGGGAAUUGUUUAAUUCUUCCCCAUCUGAGUGUUAGUGACUGUCCUCCUCUAGCUCCAACAGAAGGGGAGUGAAGUGUAAGAACUUGUUAAUGCUUCAAAGAGGUCCAACAACUCAGAUGGAAAGAAAAAAACAUGUAACUGUUAUGUAUCUGCUAAUUUCACUGUUAACUUUGUUUCUAAUUAUGAUUUGGAUAUGACAAGAUAAGCUGUGUUUGUUGUAUAAAAUUGAUGUAAGUUUUUCAAGAUGUGUAAUUUGGAUGAAGUGGACUCUUGAAUACGAGUAGAGGAGGAGAAGACUAGGGGAGCAUUUCUUGAAUUGACCAACAAAAGCAGUUUUUAUAUUUUAUUUAAUUUUUUUGUUUAUAAUGUUAAAUAAGCUGUUUUGUUUUGU